CUGAGCGUUUUCUGAAGUAUUUUUUGACGGCAGUUUAUUUAAGAGUGUAAUUUUUCGCAAUCAUGGGCGAGGUGGACAAUAUAUCGACGUUCAGCGUUGAUGGGGGGCAGGACACCGUGGGCUUGCCACGCAUCGUCAUGGUCACAGAAGGCUCUGAUACCUCUGCCUCAUCUCCCUCCUCUACUUCCUCUUCAGAAGACAACUGGGCAGACCUCAUCAAAUCAACAGAAAUCCCGCCAGAAUACUGGCACAUACAGAAACUAGUCAAAUACAUGAAAGCCGGUAAUCAAACAGCAACUAUGGUUGCCUUAUCAUGUCUUAAGGAUCACGACUUGACUAUAGAGGUGAAUCAAAGAGCCAUUCAGGAAAUUGGUGGAUUGGAAUUACUAGUAAACUUGUUGGAAACGAGAGACUUGUGCUGUAUCUUGGGAGGGCUUGCAGUUUUAAAAGAUAUUACACCGAAUAUUGAAAUAAGGAAAAAAGUGACGGAUUUAGGCGCAAUUCCUUUGCUGGUUGGACUGUUGUCAGAUCCCGCCAGAGACGUGCAGAUCCUCGCGGCAGAAACGAUAGCUAACUUGGGCAGAAUCCGUAAAAGUAGAAAAUUUUGCAGGAGAUUUGGCGGAAUACCUAAGUUGAUCGACUUAAUAGACAUAAAAGAAAGGUAUUUGAUCACAGCCCGCGAGGAGCUUGCACAGGAUGAAUUGCAGUAUUUGGACAUUGCCCGCGCGGGGGCCAAGGCUCUUUGGUCCAUGUCUUCAUCGCAAAGAAACCGAGAAGCUAUGAGGAAGUAUGGGAUGGUCCCUCUCAUAGCCAGGAUACUAAAAACUAUACACCUCGACGUAGCAGUGCCAGCUAUCGGCUUGUUGCAAAUGUGUGCAAACGAAACGUCUUUCCAGUUAGCUGUACAGACUGAGAAGAUGGUAGAUGAUUUGAUCACACAUUUAGCAAAUGAAGACAAAGAUUUAAAGACUUAUUGCAGUUUGGCAAUCUACAAAUGCGCGAGCGACCCCACCACGAGGAACAUGAUCCGAGACGCUGGGGGGCUUGAACUGCUGGUUGGCGCCGCUUCUGACACUACUAACAGAUCAAACAAGCCGCUCAUGGCCGCAGUCACGGGGGCAUUGUGGAAAUGCGCAGACAGUGAUGCCAGUAUUAAGAGACUGGACAGUCUCGGCGCUGUGCCCAUUCUUGUUAGACUUUUAGAUGAUGAAAACGACGGAGUCCUCACUAACGUUGCAGGAGCGCUCGCACAAUGUGCCAAAUAUCCACCCAAUCGUGAUAAAAUUCGAAGCGCAGGAGGAAUUCCAAUGCUGAUUCAUCAUUUAAACAAUACACAUAAACCUUUGUUAGAAAACGUGCCACUUGUAUUAAUGGAAUGCGCAAAGGAGCCAAAUUCAAUGGGUCAAAUAGACCAAUUGGACGGUGUGCGAUUGAUAUGGUCGUUACUCAAAAAUGAAUCGAAGAAAGUUCAAACUAACGCCGCUCUGGCAUUGAGUCCCUGCGUUGCAAAUGCAGCGGAUUCCGGAGAAAUGGUCCGCUCAUUUGUGGGAGCGUUGGAACUGACUGUAGACUUGUUGGAUUCCGAUGAUCAUAAUGUACUCGCAGCCGUGUGUGCUGCUAUAGCCACGAUAGCUCGAGACCAUGAAAACUUGGCCGUCAUUUCGGAUCACGGUGUCGUCGCGAAACUAGCCAAACUCGUGGGCACGACAGAUGAUCAUCUCCGGGCGAAUUUAGGUGUGGCUAUAGCAUAUUGCUGUGACUGGGCGCAGAAUCGUCAGGAGUUCGGCAAACGUGGUGCGAUCACGCCUUUGGUGAACUACAUGACGUCACGGGACCCGGCUGUACACCGAGCCACGGCGUUGGCUCUGUACCACCUGUCCUUCUACUCUAUCAAUUGUGUCACUAUGCACGCUGCUGGAGUGGUCCAAUUCCUGCUGGAGACCAUCGGGUCCAAAGACCCGGUGUUGCAAGAAGCCUCAGCUGGAUGCCUCUGUAACAUCCGGAAACUGGCCCUUGCCACCGAAAAGAUCAAAUUGAAACAGUAGAGUUUAUUUCGAUUACUAAAGAUACCUAAAUCCGAUGUUCUC